GCUGCGUGUUUCCGGAAGACGUGGCGGCUCGGGCCGGGCGGCGUCCCCGCGGCUCUUCUCCGGACUCGGCUUCGCAGCGUGGGCCCCGAGGCACCGCGGCCGCCGCCGCCAACGCCGCCGCCGCCAUGAUCUCCCUCACCGACACGCAGAAAAUCGGCAUGGGCUUAACAGGGUUUGGAGUGUUUUUCCUGUUCUUUGGAAUGAUCCUCUUUUUUGACAAAGCACUGCUGGCUAUUGGAAAUGUUCUGUUUGUGGCUGGCUUGGCUUUUGUAAUUGGUCUAGAAAGAACAUUCAGAUUCUUCUUCCAGAAACACAAAGUGAAAGCCACGGGAUUCUUCCUGGGUGGUGUGUUUGUGGUCCUCAUUGGUUGGCCAUUGAUAGGCAUGAUCUUCGAAAUUUAUGGAUUCUUUCUCUUGUUCAGGGGCUUCUUUCCUGUGGUUGUUGGCUUUAUCAGAAGAGUGCCUGUCCUUGGAUCCCUCCUAAAUCUGCCUGGAAUCAGAUCAACCACAUAGGCCCAGAAGAGAUCCACAGGAAUGUUUGUAGAUAAAGUUGGAGAAAGCAACAAUAUGGUAUAACAGCAAGGGAACUGAAGACUUUAAAUAUUAUAUUAUUUAUGAACCCUUUGAAGACUAUUCAGCACAAAGUUCAGUUUCUCAAACUAGCUUGUAAAGCCCUUCAGAAGUUUAAAGCGCACACCCUCCAGAGCACCAACAGUUAUGGAAGAAGCACUGACAGCAGCCUUGUGGCCAGACCAUCUGAGCACAGCGGCUGGAGAGGAUGGAUCCUUGUUACCAAGUUUAGUGACUUGAGAAGGCUGAUUCUUAGUCUUGCUGCAACCCGUGAAACAGCCGUUAAUAGAGAACCAUGGUGUCUGUUACUUUUUUUUUUUUUUUUUUUUUUUUUUUUAGAAGAUUCAGGAACACCAGUAGCCAUUUGGGGUUUUUUUUUUUUUUUCUGUGUUUUUGUUUUGUUUUGUGUUUUGUUUUAAUGAUGGCCCAGGUAUUUCUAGGUGUGCUGGGUCUCUGAUAAUGAUGCCUGAAUUGGAUUAGAUUAUGUCGUCUCCAUGUAUCAGCCCAAGGAAAGCCCAGUUUCAUGUGUCAAUCACUUUUUUUGUAAACAUGAAAAUAAAACUUUGUGGUCCUUUUGAAUCUUAAUAUUUUGGAGCCAGAUAAAAAUCUGAACUAGACAUUCUUUUUCAGAAUACGCAGAGGUCAUUUUGAGCUGUUACUUUUCAAGCAUAGCUGACCAAGUGCUUUCUGGACUCUACGACACUGUGGAUGCGCAGAUCUCUUGAGCAUGGCCUGGGUGUGUUCAUACAAUCUGCUGCACGCAGACGCCAAGCAGAGAGCACUCUGACCAUGGAGUAGUCUGCCGCAGAGGGCAUUGGAAUCAGUUACUGAGAUACUAAAUGAUGCACAUCAGAUGGUUUCCCCAUGUUAUGAUGUAGUUUUUUCUUCUUGUGUUCUUAUGAAAUUUGGCCACAGUUUCCUACCUUGGUUUCACAACUUGUGGUGACAUUGAAGGUGUGUAACAUGUUAAAAGCAUGAUUCUGUGACUGAGAAGGGCUGUUAUUUCAUCUUAACUUUCCUCCUGUUUGCAGCCUUAUUGUAACAUCCAGAAGGCAGCAAGCACCAUACCUGCCCCCCACUGAUCUCCAUCUUGACUUAGGAGAAAAGAUGCCCCGGUGACAUGCAAAAACUAUUACAUUAUAACUAAACUUGUGGGGUUCCUCGGGAGCUUAGUGCUGGGGCAAUCUUGUCAUUCCCUUCUGUUGCUACUCUACCAGCAGCAACAAUGGUGUCCUUCCUUACCUGGUCAUGGGAGCACCCUCAGAUGUGACACUGUUUAUCUUACCACUAAUGAUUGAACUAUUUAUUUUUAACAGUUUCAGAGCUUUUUAAUGCAGAAAAUCAUAAUUAAAAUUGUAUUUAUUUACAAACCAUUUCUACAAGA